GCUUACUUCUCAAUUCACAUGAUUGAGCUCAAAACAUUGCUUGAUCUUCCAUUACACUUUCUUCAUCUCAAGCAGAUCCAUUGCUUACUCCUAACUUCUCCGAUAUUCUAUACUCGUCGCGAUCUCUUUCUCUCACGUCUUCUCCGUCGCUGCUGCACCGCCGCAACUCAAUUCCGCUACGCUCGUCGUUUAUUAUGUCAACUCCAAACUCUGAGCAUUCAACUAUGGGAUUCGCUCAUUGGUCACUUCUCCGGCGGGAUUACUCUCAACCGUCGGUUAUCAUUUCUUGCUUAUCGUCAUAUGCGGCGAAACGGCGUCAUCCCUAGCCGCCACACGUUUCCUCCGCUUCUCAAAGCGGUUUUCAAACUGAGAGACUCGAACCCGUUUCAGUUUCAUGCUCAUAUCGUUAAAUUCGGGUUGGAUUCGGAUCCUUUUGUCAGGAAUUCGUUGAUUUCGGGUUAUUCUAGUUCUGGGUUAUUCGAUUUUGCAAGUCGUCUUUUUGAUGGAGCUGAAGAUAAGGACGUGGUUACUUGGACUGCAAUGAUUGAUGGGUUUGUGAGAAAUGGUUCUGCUUCGGAAGCAAUGGUGUAUUUCGUGGAGAUGAAGAAGACUGGAGUCGCGGCUAACGAAAUGACCGUUGUUAGCGUCUUGAAAGCUGCAGGGAAGGUUGAAGAUGUUCGAUUUGGGAGAAGCGUUCAUGGGCUUUACUUAGAAACAGGGAGAGUGAAAUGCGAUGUGUUCAUAGGAAGUUCUCUAGUAGAUAUGUAUGGGAAAUGUAGUUGUUAUGAUGAUGCCCAGAAAGUGUUCGAUGAAAUGCCUAGCAGAAACGUGGUUACUUGGACGGCGUUGAUUGCUGGAUAUGUGCAAAGCCGUUGCUUCGAUAAAGGGAUGUUGGUUUUCGAGGAGAUGUUAAAGAGUGAUGUUGCGCCUAAUGAGAAGACUCUAAGCAGUGUUCUUUCGGCGUGCGCUCAUGUCGGGGCACUUCACCGAGGAAGAAGGGUGCAUUGUUAUAUGAUUAAGAAUUCGAUUGAGAUAAACACUACAGCUGGAACUACAUUGAUUGAUCUUUAUGUCAAGUGCGGGUGUUUAGAGGAAGCUAUACUUGUUUUUGAGAGACUUCAUGAGAAAAAUGUGUAUACUUGGACCGCGAUGAUUAAUGGAUUUGCAGCACACGGAUAUGCUAGAGAUGCAUUUGAUCUCUUUUAUACCAUGUUGAGUAGUCAUGUUUCACCAAAUGAAGUUACUUUCAUGGCUGUCUUAAGUGCCUGCGCUCAUGGAGGUCUUGUGGAAGAGGGUCGAAGGCUUUUCCUGAGCAUGAAGGGACGUUUCAAUAUGGAGCCAAAAGCGGAUCACUAUGCGUGUAUGGUUGAUUUAUUUGGAAGAAAAGGUUUGCUAGAAGAGGCGAAAGCUUUGAUAGAAAGAAUGCCAAUGGAGCCAACAAAUGUGGUAUGGGGAGCUCUGUUCGGCUCUUGUUUGUUACACAAAGACUAUGAGUUAGGUAAAUACGCAGCCUCCCGUGUGAUCAAGCUGCAACCUAGUCAUAGUGGGAGAUACACUCUCUUGGCUAAUUUGUACUCGGAAUCCCAAAACUGGGAUGAAGUCGCUCGGGUAAGAAAGCAAAUGAAAGAUCAACAGGUGGUGAAAUCGCCAGGAUUUAGUUGGAUCGAAGUGAAAGGCAAGCUUUGUGAAUUCAUAGCUUUCGAUGAUAAGAAACCCCUUGAAUCUGAUGAUUUGUACAAGACUCUCGACACUGUUGGGGUGCAAAUGAGAUUGCCAGAUGAAUUGGAAGAUGUGACUGCUGAAUCAUGACUUGGGACGUUUACCAUUUUCCUCAUAAGCCUUCUCUGAAACUAUCCAUAACCUUCAAAUUAUAUCCUCCUUUAGUCUUCAACCUCUCGGCUAAUUUCUCUGUUAUCUCGAGAUGCAAUACUACAGGCUUCUUCUUCUCUUCUGAAUAUCUACAAGAAAAACUCUUGUUUGCAACUUUAACAUCUGAAGUUGUGUGUUCUUGAUUCCCACAUCUGGACUUGAGUGCUUCAAUGGCGAUUUCUGGAGGGAUCUUAGGGUUUCUGGCGAGCUGUUUGCACGUCUCCAUUGUUAGUUUCUUGUAGUUGAGACAUCGACAUAUCUCUGUUCGAUCUUGGGGUGUUAGAUUCGGAUGAGACUGUACAAUAACAAAACAACAGAAAUUAUAAAGGAAUCAAUCAUACACUGACAUAAUAAUC